AGUCCUAUAUUUCCUGGGUUUGACACUUGUUAACUCGACACGUCAUCGGUGCAGAGAUAUUAUAAAUAGGAAAUGCUCAUGUCCAGAAUAACUGGAUUUUAAAAACGCUGUAAAUAAAUCUAAGUUUAGCGUAGUCUACUGCUAGAUUACAAGGAAAAGUAGCACAGUUUGUCAUAAGCGGGUCUUCAUCUAACAGGUGUCUUGGUUCAAGAAGAAACCCAAAGAAUCAAUAAAAAGACAUGGCUCAAGCUUUUGCUGGUGUGUGGAAGAUUCAGAAGAUUGAGGGAGCCGAGGAAUAUUUUAACGCAAUUGGUCACGCAGAAAUGGCCAAAGACAUUGCCAACAUAACGGAAAUUGAGGUCCAGGUGGAUGGAAAAACUGUCACCACUAUCUCUAAGUUUGAGGGCAAGGACAAUAAGGUGGAUAUCGUAGUCCUGGACGAAACCACAGAGAAAGAAGGUCCUGACGGUGUCAAGAUAGUGUCAAAAGCAUACAUGGACGGCGCCACAUUUCGCCAAGAAGGGAGCGCAGGUAAUGAUAACUGGAAAGUGAUCAGAUAUAUUCAAGAUGGUGCAUCUAUAUCCGAAAUUAUUGCCAAGGGAACAACAUUGAAGAUAACAAUGGUUAAAGCAUAAAAUAAAAUGUCGAAAUGAUUUUUCAGCUAUAGGCCUAAUAAAUAUUUUUACAUGGACAA